GUGUCUUCGCCACUACUCGCAGUCCCAUUCGGUAGCGAGCAUUUAACUCUACAGGAGAUCAUCUGUCCAUUGGUCGCCAAGCUCAUUGCCCCGAUGUCUGUCAUUGGCGAUAUACGUCCUUCUUUCGACAAAGUUGCUUCGCAUUCCCGUGGCUAUCCCAACGCACGACAUCGGAUCCCGCGGCUGUCACACAUGUGAACCAACCCCUGUGCCCCUGCCUUCCACUCCCGCGUAUUCAUAUCAUACAUACUCCACUUUUGCAUUCUCCUGACUCUUUCACACAAGAGAAUGCCCCGUCAACCAUGGCGCCCAAGAAGGAUAGCCGUUUUCUGCCAGAAAUAUGGGGCUUGUUCGCCAUGGGUUCUUUAUGGGUGGUGAUGCGAUUUGCCGUCCGACUCCGUACAGUUGGCUUUUACGGAUUGCAGAUUGACGAUGGCUUCGCAUUCAUCGCCCUCUUUUGUUGGGCUGUUAUCAUCGCCGGAAUUCAUUGCACCUACUUCACCCAUACCAACAUCGACUACCGGCCAGAUGAAGUAUGGGAUCUCACUCCGAGCGAGGUCAGAGGCGUGGCAUGGGGAACCAAGUUCUACAUCAUCACAUUAUACGCCUACAUCACAAUGGUCUUCAGUCUCAAAGCCAUCGUCAUAAUACUGUACCAACGCCUUGCCUGUGAACGCUGGCAAAAGAGAUUACUCCAUUUCACCAUCUUCCUCUGCAUCGCCGGAUGGAUCGCCAUGAACCUCAUGCUUAGCCUUCUGUGUCUUCCAUAUAGCAAACGCUUCGUCGUCCAGCCACUGCCAGAACCAAAAUGCACAGCGUCACCAACCUUCUUCAUAGCUCUCAGCUGCAUAAAUGCCACCACCGACUUCCUGCUUCUAGCCAUCCCUGUUCCGAUCCUCUGGACGCUGCGGAUUCCACUGCACCGACGGAUAGGUGUCUUCGUCCUUCUCGCAUCCGGGAUUUUCGUCAUGGCCGCAUGCAUCACACGUGUAUCCCUCACCGUCGUGCCGGACAUAACAGUCAGCAUUAUCGCUCGCUGGGGAGCCCGCGAGCUGUCCAUAGCCCUCGUCGCAGUCAACACAGCAGCGCUACGACCCAUGUUCCGCAAAUCCUUCUGGCGUAGGCGGUCAUACACCCUCCCCUCGCACCCCUCCCAAGACCGCCGAAACAAAUAUAUCUUCAACUCCCUCCAACGCCGCUUCUACCGCCAACGCUUCGCAAGCCACAUGCUCAACUCCACCUCCGCCCCCGCAUCCGCCGCUCCCCACCGCUUCUUCCCCAGUAUCCCCGAAGACUCGGCCUGCGACGUCGCGACCCCGCGUCCCGCCCACUUCUCAACGCCAGGCUGGCGCCGGAAACGCUUCUUUGAUUCUUUCAGUUCCUUGAGAGGUAGAGGUGCGAGAGUAGUUGGGAUAGUGAGUGCGGGGGAGGAGAAGCAGAGGGAAGGUAGGGACUUGGAGAAGGGGAAGGAGAGUAUUGUUCGUACUACUUCGCUUUCGAGGGGGGAUAGUGGGGGUGUGGUUUUGAGUUCUGAGGCGGUGAGAGCGGGGAGAGGAUCGCGGGAGCAGGAGCAGGAUGAUGAUGAGAUUAGGAGAUUGGGGGUGAAGGAUUUUGGGAGAGGGCCUGGAUAG